AUGGGGCUGCUGCUGGGCCCCAAGGGCUGGCGGCGGGCCCCCGGGGAGGCCCGGGGGGGCUGCUGCUGGACUUUGGCGUUCAACUGGCGGCGGCGGCGCAGCGGCUGGCGGCUGGGGCUGUUCUUUGACUUAUUAGCUGCUGCUGCGCUGCUGGGGAAUCUGCUGAACUUGCUGCUGUACGCGUUGAUCUCUUCGCGGCGGUUCUUCACCAACUACCGCUGCGGCGAAGCCGCCCUUAACUUCAUAGCAGCAGCUUUUAUCUCUUUAAUGGCUGUCACGGGCGCAGCAGGGCUCUGCGGGUUGCUGCUGGCGCGGCUGCUGCGGCUGUUCAACAACUUCCCGCGGGCGGAGUUUGCUGCUGCUGCUGCUGCUGCUGCUGCUGCUGGCCGCUGCGCAGCAAAACUCGGCUGCCUCGUCAAGUGGCUGCCCACGGCCGUGGCCUUUUGCUUCCUCGCCUGGGCCGCCAUUUUGGCCCUCAGCACUUUUUGGCUUUUCAUUUUCCCCCACGACUGGUGCAGCCGCCGCUGGGCCUUUGCCGGCGUUGCUGCUGUUACUAACUGCAGGCUUUGGUUCAGGGGAGAAGCCAAGUGCAUCGACGCGCAGGAGAAGGAGCGUCUGGACAGUUCGAUGGUGAACGUGUGCAACGACGGAGAAGAGUUGGCGAGUUUGAACUUUUUUUGGUUUAGUCCGAAAGAAGAAGGCGGGAGUUGUUCAGUGGGAGACGUGUCAGUGUGCAUGGCUUACAAGAACUUGUUUUCGACUCUUGCUGCAGCAGCAGCAGCAGAAGUGGACUGGAGCAGCAGCGCGCUGGCUGCAUGCAGGGGCCCUGCUGCAGCAGGACAGCCCCCAGAGGCCUUUAUGCUUUCUUCAGAUGACUCCAGUGAUCUUUACAGAUAUCUUUUGGUCUUUUGUGUUGGCUGGAAUAUAACUUUUUUGACUUUGACUCUUUUUUACUUUUACGUCAAGUACAGCAGCAAAAUGGACUCCGUCUUUUACCUCCCCAAAAAGCCCAAAGAAAACUUUCUCCUCAAAGUCUUCAGGCCCUUCUCGCCCUUCAGCAGGUGA